AUGGCGACCCUGACCGACAGAACAUACCUGCCGCCCCUCGAGGACUGCCUGACGGGCCGGACAGUGAUCCUGUCGUGGCGGCUCGUGGCCAGCGCGCUCGAAGACGCCGACCUCGCCCGGCUGACGAGCCCAGCACUGUCGACCUUUCUGCGCGACGGCUUCGUUCACGAGCUGCUGAAGCAUCCGGCGCGCGUAUUCGAGCCCAAGGACCUGAAGCAGGAAUUCGAGACUAAGACGUCGAGCAUCCAGACCGUCGCGCCGGGCGUCGACACCAUCAAGAAGGACGCGCUGUGGCUGGCCGACGCCGUGGCCAUCAACCAGGUGGCCGCCCUGCGCAUCGUGCUGAUCGAGUACCAGACGCGCGCCCACAGCCAUCUGGUCCUGCCGCUGAGCACGCAGGAUGUGGCCAACAUCCAGGAGGCUGCUGGUGUCGGCGACGCCCAUGCCUCAUCUAUCCUGUCUUUGCUAAAUCCUGCUAGCGCUGUCGACGCCGAGACGAUGUGGUGUGACUUUGAGACCGAGGCGCGCCGUCGCGAGCGCAUCUUGGCUACCUACCUGUCGGAGAGGAGGUCGUUCACGGCGGCGGUCGAUGCGCUGGUUACGUUCCUGCUGCACUCGGCGCCCGGCCAGCAUAAGGACCUCGAUUCGCUUCGCCGUGCCUUGCUCAAAGAUGCCUUCGCGUUUGACGAAGAUCUCGACGUGCCCGACCGCAGCAAACUGUUGACCAUGGCGCCGACCUACAUGAACCUGGUGGAGGACUGCAUUGCGCGCGCCCAGGCGCUGCCUGCGAAGCUGGGAGAGUCGUUCAAGACGGAGGCCUUUGAGCUCGACUGGCUGCGCACUGCCAUCACGGAGGCCGUCCAUUCGCUGUCGAUCGCCUUCCAGGCUCUUGAUCUCGACACGCCCUACUUUGCGCCGCAUGAGCUGCUUAGCGAGUGGUUUGAGCUGAUGAACUCGAGCUUGUUCCUUGAGUCGAUCCUGGGCUUUGAGGUCGUGGCCGACCUGGCCAUGCCAGCGAGGAGCUUGGUGUCGGCGAUCUGCCUGAAAAUGCUCAACAUCGACAGGACGAUCCAGUUCCUGCACGACUUCGACUACCCCGACGGCGAGGAGCCCUAUCUGCUGUCGUCACAAACCCUCAACAAGAUCCACACGGCCGUGACCAACGCCGUCAACAGCGGCGUCGCAGCAUCCCUGCCUGUGGCGUUCGCCUGGUCGCUGAUCGUGCACCAGAUGCACCUAGGCUACCAGGAGCGCGCCGAGCGCCGCGACCUGCUCGUUAACCAGCGCGCGCAGGCCGGCUUCGAGCUCGAGUUCCAGCCUUCGGCAUCGACACCUAACAGGCGACGUCGCAACUCGGCUGGCAGCAUCGUCUCGCUCGAGGCGUCGCCCUACGACGACUUCCUGCGCGAGCAGAGGCUCGAUAACGACAUCGCGCCCGUCGAGCAGAUAGCCAUGCUGGCGACGUCCCGUGGCCAGGUCUACCAGGUCAUGUCUGAGAUGGCCCUGUGCUUAGGGACUACACACGAGGCCGCCUUCCGGCCGGCGGUUGGUGCCCGCGCCCGUCUGGUCUUCCAGGACCUGCUCAAGCGCAGCGCGUACCUCAUCCCCUACCAGGAUGAGCCCGUGUUUAGCCUGCUCGCCAUCCUGGCCACCGGCCGCCAGUACUGGGACGUCACGGACGCCCUGAGCGCCUCGUCACUGAACCAGGUCUACACUGACAUGCUGGACGACGAGACGCUCUUUACGCAGUUCACCAUGCAAGCUAUCAACCGCUUCCCCUACGAGUUCAACCCCUUUUCUGUGCUCUGCCGCGUCCUGGCUGCCGCACUCAUCACCAACAAGGACAAGGCCGAUGUCGUGACCGGCUGGCUUUGGCGUACGCCGACGCUGACCGUCGACUGGAAUCCGGCCUGGGACCGUUCCUACGAGCUGUGCUUUGAGGACGAGAAUACCAACUCCUUCCGCCUGACGCGCGACGUCGACCUGUUUGGCUCGGCGUCCCCUGCCCGGCCGCGUCAUCUGGCCGCCGAGGAGCGCUUCAUCAUCCCCGAGGGCACGCUGGGCCGCUUCGUGACCGACGUCGGACGCACUGCUCGUCUUGAGUUUGAGCACUCGGCCCUCGCGCUGCUGGGAAAGCGGCUCGAGGUCAAGGCAGCCGAGGAGAUCUGCGACAGCGGCAUGGCGCCGCUCGACGUCGACGAGCAGGCCGAGGCCGUCGCCAUGCUUGCUACCGUUCUGAGGGCCGAGAGUCUCAAGAGCACGGCCAAGGGCGGCGACCCGGAGGCACCGCUCAAGUUCCUUAAGGAGGCGAGCCGUCUGCUGCCGCAUAACAAGGAUAUUCUUACCGUUAUUAGCGACACGAUUGACGGGUUGGUCGAGAAGGAAUUGCUGGAGCUGGACGGCCCGCAGAUUGCUGUGCUGGCGUCGUGCUUACAGUUCCUUCAUGCUGCCCUCGCCGUCUGCCCUGGUCGCGUCUGGGCCUACAUGUCGCGGUGCGCUCUUAUAGCCGGCGACGCACGCCCUGGCCGGCUGUCGCGCAUUACGGGCAGUCUGGACAUGUACGCCGAGCGGUUCGACCUGCUCUCUUCCGCGGUCAAGCUCUUCGCCGCCCUCAUCGACUCAGCUGCCUGCAGCGCGGUCCAGCGUCGUGCAGGCUCAACCGCCCUCGUCAGCGUCCGCAGCGCGGUUGAAAACCCGUGGCUCGGCACGUCCGAGAAGAUCCUCUCCCGCGUCGCCCUCGCCAUCGCCCAGGCCGCGCUCGACGUCUACGAGAGCACCACCACCUGGCGCUUCCGCUCCGAACUCGACCGCAGCAUUCUAGUGAGGGACGUUGUUGGGCUCAUGCACAAGCUCGUUGUCCACGCCCACACCCUCUCUUCCCACCUAACAUCGACCCUCUCCCCCGCUGCGGCCCACAUCAUCUCCUCCUUCCUCACCCCGCCCCCCUCGGCCUCCUCCCUGCGUUUCCAGCCCCUCUUGGGGACGCUUCUAGUCGCGCUCAUCACCCCCCGCGCAACGCUCUACCCCGGCCAGUCGCGCAUCUUAGCAGAGAGGGUUACCUCCGUCCUGGCAUUCUGUACCUCUCUACUCAGGGCCGCCGACUUCCUGGGCCAAACUCACAUCCCGCUGCAGACACACCUCUUCCAGUCCGCCUGCCUGCUGGCGCGCCUACCUGCCGCGAACGCGGUGUACCGCGCUCCUGUACUAGAACUCUUGCGUGCGCUGGUCGAGGUCGCGGGACGCGCCGCCAACGGAUCGGGCGAGCCGCCUAGUUUGCUGGGGUACUUGGGUUCGCACGCGGCGAGGUCGUUUAUUUCGCUUGUGGAAGGUAUUGACAAGCCGUUUGGGAGGGUCGAGCACGCGGUGGUGACGUGGCGGUUCUUUGCGGCGGUGAUAAGGAACAGGCAGCAGUGGAUGGCUGGGUGUUUGUUGACGGGCAGGACGCCGCGCGAGGCGCUGAAAGGGGGGGGGGAACAAAAGAUUGAGAGGAAGGUUGGGGAGGGAUCGGUGUUGGCCGCUGCGAUGGAGAGGUUGAGGGAGGUGAAGAGUCUGGAUGUCCAGGAAGCCGUCGCGGUGAUGGAUUUUGUCGUAUCGGCGCAGAAUUAUUGGCCUUGGACCAUCUUCGCUGUGCGGAAGGAGAAGGAGGUGGUGGAUGCGUUGAGGGGUUACGUGAGGGGGUUGAAGGCUCCGGGGAUGGUCAUGAAGACGGACGGCGCUGCUGCGGCGGCGUUCCAGGCUAGGAUUGCGGCAUAUGUUGCUGAGACUUUCGCCAUGCAGCUGUAUCAUAUGCGGCAGAUGAGGCAGGCGGAGAAGUUUGCGGGGGAGUUGGUCGCCGACUUGGAUUAUUUCCUCAGGGAGGGGGUUAUGGUUUGGGGAUAUAACGCCAGCUUGCAUGGGAAUUUCGCGAGGAAUUUCGCGAAGAGAUUCCCCGGCGUGGAGGUGGAUGAUUUUAAGCGGACUAUGUGGUUGCCGAGGGAGCUUGGUAAAGGGUAUUACUAUGCUCUUGAAGUGGCGGAGCAGAUGCUGGGCUUUGAUGCUGGCUGGGGAGGGGUAAAGCAGAGCGGGUUUAGGAAGGAGAUGGAGACGGCAAAUUUGAAUUUGUCGUUGGUUGAGGCUCAGGUGUCCCUGUUCCACGCCUGGGAGUACCUCCUACUUGAGCUUACCCUUUCCCUUCUCCCUAAGAAGGAGAACGCCGCCUUCGCUCGGCAAGUCCUCCAAGUCGUCGAGCAGUGUCUCGAGGCCAACCAGCGCUCGCAGCCCCCUGAGAACAUCUUUGUCGUGCUGGGCCACGCGCGCGCCGGCCUGGCCCUGACCCUUCUUCAGCGCCUGGCCGACGCUAACCAGCUCCCGCGCGACGUCACCCACCUCCUGGCCCUCGUCUCCUCGGCCAUCCACGCCGUCGAGAACCCAUUCGGAGCAAACGACCUGCCCUAUUUCCGUACCCUGCUCAAGAUCCUCUUCGUCGUCCUCCGUGCCGCGAAGCAGGGCACCGCCAAGCCAGGUGAGAGCAACGUCGCCAUCACCCAGCAGGUCCUGACCAUCCUGGACCGUGUUGUCGCCCGUUGCUUCCGGGCUCUGGCUGCCUUGGUCCACGAGCAGCAGCAGAACGCUACCGACGGGACAACCACCGCGCCCGAAGAUCUGGCUCUCAUCACGGCCAUCCUCCAAGCUUGCCUCAGCGUCCCCGGCAUCGAACAGUGCCAAGUCCAAGUCCUCAACAUCAUGGCCGCCCACGACGUCUUCCAGGUCGCCGUCGCCCUCUUCUCCUGGGCUGACCGUCUCCUCCCCGCUAACCCUUCUCCUGCUUCUUCUUCUACCUCUACCUCCGCCACAAACCCUGCCUCAGGCGACCCCGUCUACGGAGAACUCGCCCUCCUCUUCCUCCUCGAACUCUCCGCGCUCCCCGCCCUCGCAGAACACCUCGCCUGCGACGGCCUCCUCGGCCAUCUCGCCGCCGCCCGGCUGGCAGGCUACAUGCGGCGGACUAAUGUCGGGCCGUUUGCGGAAAACGCUGGUGCCGCAAGGUGCUAUGCCAUCUGGGCUAAGUGUCUCCUGCCACUGUUACUCAACAUCCUUGCCGCCCUUGGGAGCACCGUCGCACCUGAGGUAGCAUGGGUGCUCAACCAGUUCCCUAACCUGCUACAAUCCUCUGUCGAGAGGAUCGAGCCGCCUGGAUUUUCGAGGCCGACACUAUCCCUCGCGUCGACCCCCCCUAGGCAGAAGUUUAUUUCCCUCCUAGAGAUCUCUGAAAUCCAUUCCCUCGCGCUGCUCACCCGUGUCUUGGCGGCUUGCAGGGCGCAGAACGCGAGGGAUGUGCCCGAGGUCACAUGGGAUGGUGCCAAAGUUCUCGAGUGCGUGGAGUACUGGUUGCGGGGGCGGAAAGUGCUCAGGGAGAGGCUUGUGCCGUUGGGGCCGAGGGAGGUUGAGUGGAGGGGGAUGGUUGCCACGGGGGGCGUGGUAGGUGUGGCUGGUGAUGGGGGAGAGGGGUGUGAGAAUAGACUGGAGGAGAAGGCGGUUGGGUUAUUGGUUGGGGUGAGGGAGGUUUUGGAGGGGGGUUUGGAGGGGGAGGGAGAGUGA